AUUUGAAUUAGUUUUCAAAUAAUGAGUUGUGUUUGGGUUAACCCAACACGACCUGUUUAUCCAAAGUGUCAAAGGGCCGUAUCGUGUCACUUGCUUAUUUAAAUGAGUUGUGUCAAAGUUAAAGAGUUUGACUCGUUUAACUAAAUAAGUCGUGUCAAUUGACCCUUAGUAGAUUAAUGAGUCAAACAGGUUAAUAUAAAUCCAAAUUGCCACCCUUGACUUUGAGGUCUCAUUGAAACCCAAGAUUUGUUUGAACACAAUUGAAGAAAUGGAGAAGGCCUUGGGGGAUGGUAUUGGCUGUGGCCUGUGGGUUCUGUGGUGGAUCUAGGACACAGAUUUUGGGCAAGUGGAAUCCAGUUGUGCCUUUGUAUUUAUAGUGUUGAAUAAAAUAUAAAGGGAAAACUACAAUUUACCCCCCUGAUGUUUACACGAAUUUGCAAUCUUGGUACCAAUGUUUAGAUUGCUUCAAUUGCACCUAAGAAAGUUGAAAUUUUUUUCAAUCCACCCCCUUCCGUCCAAUUGCUCCGUCUGAUGAGAUGGAAAUUGACCCACGUGAGCGACAUGUGACUUAUAUGCAGAUAACCGGAUGAAAAUACCCUCCAAAAAAUUGAGCCGUUGUUUUCUAAAUUAAAAAAGACCGGUCCUUGUGUUCGCUUAAAAGCUUAAAAACUAGAAACCACUUUCAAAUGCAAAGUAAAAACCCGAAAAACAUUCUGGGAGACCGAAGAAGGAACCAACAACAAAUUUUUGAUUUAGGAUUCCUUUGCGGAUUAUCAUCAACACACAGAUUUCAGCCGAAAUCGACUUUGGGCUAAGGGUUGUCGUGAUUAAACCGACCGAAGUGGGUGUUCGAUCAAGGGUUUCGAAUUUGAAGGCUGACAGAGACGAUGGACGCCUCGACACAGGACUCGACCCCUGACCAGAUACCCGUCUGUUCUGGGCAAUCGAUUGGGCACUCGAAGGAGAGGAUGGAAGCAAGGUCGGAGUCCCCACAGAGUGUUGCCACUUUUUCACGGCAACGAGUAUGCUACUGCGAGCGGCCGAUGAAUGUGAAAACGGCGCACACGAGCAAAAAUUUCGGAAGAAGGUUUAUGGGGUGUGAAAAUUGGAAGAUCCACAAAGAUUGUGGUUUCUUUGAGUGGGCUGAUCCCAAAAUGUGUGCACAUGGUCAGAGGGUUGUUGGUCGAUUGGUUGAAUGGCACGAAAGUUUGGUGGCAGAAACUAAACGAUGUGAAACCAUGGUUGAAGUAGAAGUUGGGAAAGUGAAGGCCGAGAUGGAGAAAGAGAUUGAGAAGGUGAAGGCCGAAGUUGACAAUGAGAGGAACGCAGAAAUUGCACAAUACCGUAAAGAAAUUGAGAUUUGGGGGAUCAAAUUUGAAGCAGUGAAGAAGAAUUACCACAUCAUGCUUGUGUGUUCGUGGAUUUUAUUUGCACUGUGUUUCUGCUUCAGACAUGCAGCCAAAAACCAGCAGGACAAUAGGGUUGGUUAUUUGAGGUUGCCUUGAGUUGUAUUGUUAGACAUUUUUUGUGCACUUCUAUGGGGCCAUAAAAGCUAGAAGUGAACCAUUUUUUGUGCACUAAGUUGUGUUGUGGUAUUUUGGUUGCCCUGUUGCAUGUAUUUAAGUGGGAUUGUUUGUAGUUGGAGCUGCUUGUAUUUAUAAAGUAACAGAAAUUUAUCCCA